CUAUGAGAUAAAAAAAUAAUGUUGCAACGUAUUAAGCUUUAUACUUUAGUCUCAUGUUCAUAUUAUUUGUAAUGGUGAGAAUAUUUGUUCUGGGUGUAGUACCACUCCCGGCCACCAGGAGGCGGGAGAGAUUUUGUGUGGUAGCUAGUCCCUGGGCUAAACAGGUUAGAAAACCGCAUAAGCUCCACAACCUGCUUCGACUGGACAGUGGUGUGAUAGUGGAAAUAUCGCAUUAAUAAUUAAAAUUCAGAGCAACUUGUGCGUGUGUGUCUGAUUUAGCAGAACCAUGAACGAACAUAUGAACCCAACGCCAGUUGCCAUGGUGACGGGAAACUUGUGGAGUCGUUAGCAGUAGCAGGUAGCAGCUGAGCUAGUUACUGAGCGGUGUCAGUGAGACUUAAAACUGGGUAAACUCCACUGAACCCGGGAACCCAGAGCUCCGAGCUGACCGCAGGUCGGUACCAUCAGCCAACAUGAGCAGGGAGGUUCCGAGUGGGGAGGUGAACCGGCAGCUGUUUGACGCUCAGACUCAGCUGUCCAAAUCACUGUGGGCAGGACGCAGAGACAUGAGGACAGAGUGUGUGUCCUCAGCAGACAGUAACACAACCUGCGAGUUCUGCUCCUCCUCAUGCACGAGGCAGCAGAGGGAUGAUGAAGGUGACGAAGAUGAUGUCAGCAGACUUCCUGACUCCAUAGAGACCAGUCACCUGACCUCGGGCAUUUUGGAUAAACUGGCGCAGAAAACCAGACAGAAACACGAUGAAGCUCUGAAGCAGAUGGACACACACCUGACUCACCUGUCCCAGGCGUGCGAGACGGAGGUAAGGACCCUCUGUGAGCAGCUGAAGUCCUCUUUGCAGAAGGCAAACCUCAGAUUGGACACCCUGAAGGACAGGAUGGGACACCUGCAGCACAGCAGUCUGCAGGAGGUGCUCAGUCUCUGGGAGGAGGUGCACGAGGAGGUGAAGGAGAGGAAGAACAGAUUCUCAGAGCUGAACCUCCAGCUGAACGACUGUGAGAGACAACGAACCGAUGAGCUCAGAGCCAUCCUCAGGACACACAUCCAGCUGCUGGAGGAGAUCCGCUUCCUGCCUUCAUCAGAGGUCCACAGACUCAUCCACAAGGAGGCCACGAAGCUGAAUGUAGCCCUGCUGGCGAACCGCCGCAGCAUCGCCCAGCUGCUGCUGCGCCUGAAGGAGGACAACCUGCAGCAGGAGUUUCUGCUGCAUCUGCAGUGGGAGGAGAGGUUGAACAGCUGGAGGAGCAUCAGAAUCAGUGGGCUGGUGGAACGGUUUAGGACUUUCUUCAGCAGCGUUGUGGGUCGUCAGCCGCUCUCAGAUCAGCAGAUGAAACAAACUCAAGAGGAUCUGACACAACAGCGUCGUGACGUCAUCCAACAGAUCAGAACUAUGGCCCCGCCCACCAUCUCUUCUACAGCCGUUUCUGAUUGGUUCAACCAGCUGACAGCCGUCAAUCAGCAGAUCGACCAACAUCACACGGACUUCCUCCGUCAGCUGAAAUGUUUGCGUCAGCAGACGUGGCAGGAUUGUCUGGCUGAAGCGGAGAAGUGUAAGGAGGCGCUCUCAGCCCUUCAGCUCUCAGAGGAGCAGGUGAACUGCAUCAUCAGUCCUAAGCUCCUCCCUCUUAUUGAAGGACUCAAGAGUCAGGAUGAAGCACAGCUGGCCGCUUUAAAGGUGAGCAGGGACUUCUUGUCCCACCACUCCGCCGGAGCCAGCAAGUGUGUUUUUGAUGUGAUGCGAGCCGUCGCGUUGCUAUGGGAGACGCACUGCCGCAGGAUGGAGACAAGAGAAGCAGAACUGCAGAAGCACCUGGGGGACAUCAAACAAUCACAGCAGCAAUUCAUAAAGAGGAAGAUGGCGCGCGUGGACGUCCCGAUGAAGGACCUUCGUCAGGAGAGCAGCGAGGAGUCUCUGAAGACGUCCCUGGAUAACAUCAAUCUGCUUGUGCUGGACAUCGAGGACCGAGUCCACAGCUUUAGGUCGGAUCAGAAGAAGGCUGUGGAUCUUCUCCCUUCUCUCUUCCUGAAGGACCUGGACCUCUACAGAAGCAGCAUCAUCUCCUUUUUUCAGCUGAACCGGGUUUCCAGCAGAACCACCAAGGCCCGGGGUGGGACAGGAAAAGGAAAGUCCAAGACGAUCCAAAUGGAAAAGGAAUCAGAACUCAUCCUGAUGAAGGCGAAGUCCGCUCUAUCCAAGCUCUAUGACAUCAGCACCAACAUCACCAUUUGCCCAUCAGAGGGUGUGGCCUACAAUGGCCCCGCCUUUUCCUAUCCUGCUGCUGAUCUACCUGAAGACCUGCAGCAUAAAGAACACCUGACCCCUUUUCCUGCAGAGCUGCUCGAAAGCACACUGAGCCAGUUCCGGGUUACGGUUCUGACCCACUUAGAGAAUGGCUUCCAGGACCUCCUCAACAUGUCUGCUGCCGUGGUAACAGGAACCAUGAAUAAGGACCGUUCUGAGCUGGAACCCCUUCUGCAACCGCUGAAGCCAGAAAACAUCCUGACCAACGUAUAUGAGCCCCGUUUGGCUGAGCUGAUACUCCACCAGCAGAGUGUGGAUGUCCACUGCCAGGAAAUAUUUGACCUGAUGACCUCCUGCAGGACGGAACUGAAGCAGCUCGAGACCUCCAUCACCAUGAAGACCCAGGACCUGUCCUCUUCUCUGUCGAGCAUGGAGGACGACGUCCAGACGGCUCGCAGCAGCUCCUGUCUGGCAGUUGUCAGCACCACCAUGCAGGAUCUUCUGGAUCAUCACGUUGAAGACGUUCAGCGAUGUUGGAGCGGCUUCAGGCAGAUGGUCCGGACCAGACUGCAGGAGGCCAGGACCAGAAACUCAGAUCUCCUGACCUCCUUCAGGACUUUCAGCGAAGGAGGAGACUUUUCUCCUCAGGAGGUCGGCAAGUAUCAGAUCAGGCUGGAGAAGGAAAUAAGAAAGAUGAGAUCCAUCCGGAAGUCUAUCUUAGCUGAACUGGAGUUCUUAGAGUCCACGAGUCAGCAACAGGUGAAGGAGGCAUCAGCAGCUCUGGAGAAGAAGCUCGCAGACAAGAAGUCUGAACUGGAAGUCAUCAAGAAAAUCCAGGAACUCAUCAGCAGAACUCAAACUCAGAUCAAGGAUGAGGCCGGCAGCAGCAACCUCCAGCAGGCGGAGAUCAGCAGCAGAUUGGAGGAGCUCGGGAGGAUGACAAGGAGCACACAGGUCUCCCCGGAUCAGCUGUGUUCGUUCCUGUCGUCCACGCAUGAAGAGAUCACAAAGCGCUUCCGGUACCUGGAGCUGGAUCACUCCAAACUGUCAGCUGAUCCUGAAUCCAGGAAGCAGGUGGAAGGUUCCCCCCAAAGUGGCCCACAGCUCCUGAGCAGAACAGCGGUGGACCCACCUGAAGACCCGGUUCUGGGUACCAGCAGCAGGGUCCAGGAUCCAGGAAGAGGUCUGAGUUCGGUCCAGGAGUGGCAGAGCAGCGUUGAUUCUGUCAUUUCUCAAAGGGGGAGUGGCUCCAGGACUAAAACAGACGACAUCACCGCUGAGAAGGGAUUCCGUUUCCUUGGAUUUGAACAGGAAACAGAACCGAACGCGUGCUCCUUCAGCUCAUCCGUGAACUCUGUCCUAUGGAAAACCAAAAAUGAGAUCCGGAAUCUCACGGAGGACACCUGCUGCAGCCUCGACUCCACACAGCAAAGGCUUCUGGGAUACCAGGACCAGGCCAGCGUGUUCCUAAGAGCCAGCAAAACCGAGCUGCUGAAGCAGAUGGCAGAAUUCCAGGAGCUGCUGAGUCCACUACCUGCUGUCUUAAUCAGUAACCACGAGCAACGGCACCGGUCGCAGCUCGCAGAGGAUGUGGGCGUGGCCAGGAGGAGGCUGGAGGAGCUGCUGGCAGCCAGUGAGGAGGAGAAGAGGUCGAACUUCCACAAGCUGAGAGUUUCUCUCACAGCCGACGAGCUGCAGGCGCUGAACGCCAGAGAGGAGCUGAGGCAGCAGCAGCUGCACAGCGCCACCUGGAGCAUGCACCAGGAACUGCAGAAGUGUGUGCGUUCCAGAACAGAGGAGUUUGUGACAUCACUGGCUUCUCUGUCAGAGAAUCUGCUGCUGCUGCUGGACGACCUGCUCACACCUGCAGUGACUCAUCAGCACACUGAACACAAAGCUGUUACCAUGGAGACGGGAGCUGAAACAGGAAGAGGACGCAGGACCUGGCCUGGUAUCUCCUUCCUGUUUACCCCCACCAAGGACUCUGAUCCAUCCACUCCUGUUACCAUGACAACAGAAGAUAUCAUCACAACCACUUACAGCCAGAAACAUGAGGAAGUUAUUGUCAAUAGAGAUGCUGCUGUGAAGCGGUUUGAGAAGCUGUUCAGCUCUGAGACGUCAUGUUCAGAUUCCGAAAAUCAAAGACACCUGAGUGAACAACAACGCUGGAACACACACUGGCAACAACAGAUACACUCUCUGACACAGAUACACACAAUGUAACACACACACACACACACACACACACACACACACACACACACACACACACACACACACACACACACACACACACACACACACACCACAGGAGUGUCUGCAGGUGGAUGAAGACGCUCUGACUUUCUAAAUGUUCCUGGAAGUUGUUUGUUUAUUUGUUGUGAUCCAUGUUUGCUGAAAUAAAGUGUUUACAUGACCGCUGUGA